AUGCGAGGAUUGCACGGGCCGGCGGUUCUGGGUCAGCCUCGCUGGAGCCCCGUGUCUCCUGCCUUUGUCUGCAGGUUCCCGUUUAGCCGCCCGGAGCUGCUGAAGGAAUGGGUGCUGAAGAUUGGCCGGGGCAACUUCAAGCCCAAGCAGCACACGGUCAUCUGCUCUGAGCACUUCAGGCCUGAGUGCUUCAGCGCCUUUGGCAACCGUAAGAACCUGAAGCAUAACGCCGUGCCCACUGUGUUCGCCUUCCAGGACCCGGCGCAGCUGGUGAGGGAGAACACAGACCCUGCAGGCGAUAGAGGAGAGGCCAGCCCUCACAACAAAAAGGUCCUCCCCGAGGCAGGGGCCACAGAGCACAGCCCUGGGAGAACUAUGGACACUGCCCUUGAAGAGCUUCAGCUGUCCACAAAUGCUGAAGGCCCCAUAAAGCAGGUCUUGCCACAGAGACUGGAAGCAGCAGAGGCCCCUGGUCGGCCAGCCAGCCCCACAGGGCUGAGAAGAUCUGUCCCCAGGCAGCCGUCGGAUCACAGCUAUGCCCUUUUGGACUUAGACACCCUGAAGAAGAAACUUUUCCUCACUCUGAAGGAAAACGAAAAGCUCCGGAAGCGCCUGCAGGCCCAGAGGCUGGUGAUGCGGAGGCUGUCCAGCCGUCUCCGUGCCCACAGAGUGGGGCUGCGGGGACUCCAGGCCAGACCUCAGCCAGAGCAGCAGAGCUGAGCCUGACAGGCGCCGGGACGUGGGGCGGUGGUAGCACCUGAGGCCAGGCAGUGGCCUUGGGGUUCUGGCCAAGGACAUUUCUGCCUGUUGCUGACCAGAGAGUGGCCGACAGGCACACCAGGCAGGGGACUGAGACAGCAGCCAGAUGGCCUGGCCAGGAGCUCAGACGCUGUUGCCGUGGUGGCUGGAGGCACCAGGCUGGGAGAGCAGGCCCAUGAGCACAUCCCCUCAGCACGUGCUGUCGAUGGAACCACAGCACAAAGAGCUGCUUGGGCCCCACGGCAGACAGGGAGCCUUUAUCCCAGAGGAUACAUCCUCCAGGGAGCCAGGGUGGGUGGGUGCCUUUCAUCAGCCUGGACAGCCAGUGCGAAGCGGCUGGGACUGGCCUCUGUCCUAGGGAGUAACCCCUCCUGCCUGGUGUGAGUGACGUAAUAAAGUGUCUUUCUACCCUGCA